CGCCACUUCCCACGAGGCCAAUGGAACGCAGAAACGGGAAUGGAAGCGAUCGAUAAACGACAUUUCCCGGCAUGCUCUUCGGGUCCUGGUGACAUCCUUGGUGCAUGAGGUGUUGUGUUUUCGUUCAGCUCAUGUUUAUAGAAAUGUACGACUGACUUUAGAGGAACAGACUGAAAUAAGCGGAGCCUUGGAUAUCGUUUCACCCCCAGCUUUGAUGUCAGACUGAAGAAUCGCCCACCGGUUAUAUUUUCGGUGAGUUAAGUGCCAUGUUAUCAUCUGUACCCACCAGGCUUCUUGCGCGAAGGUCGCGCAGCCUGUCACCGUGUAGUCGCGUUCUCCAGACCAGCACAGGCGGCGCCAACUGUCAGAGCAUCCGAGAGUCACCUGCGCAAAAUAACCGCAACCCCCUGGUGUCCACCUCCCGGGUUUCCAGGAGGGGGAUUUUGGCCGAGGAGGCAGCUGGAACCAGUGUCAAUCCGUCGGUGCAGUAUCAUCACCUCGCCCCUAGAUGGCUGUCCAGUUUGGAGAACCGCCGGAACUCAUGGGCAGCUCUAGCCAGCAGGGGUCGCCACAACAAUCGUUACUGGGAGGAGAGCGGCCGCGGCGAGAAAGGGGAAGGCCAGGAAACAGGUGGAGGAGCCAGACCGUUUGGAGCAGCCUCUGCCGGUGUGCUUUCUGCCGCAGCUGUGGCCUUUUGUUUAAGGAAAGAGUCGGAUAAGAAAGGCGAGAAUCUUCUGGAAGCAGCCAGGACGAACAAUAUUGAAGAUGUGACCAGGAUGCUUAAGGAAGGCGUGGAUCCAAACAUUCGCCAUCGUCUUGGUUGGACUGCGCUGAUGGAGGCGGCCAUGAACCGACGGCAUGGUGUGAUCAAGGCUCUUCUGGAAGCCGGUGCUGAUCCAAAUGCUGGCGAUCAAUUCAACAAUGUUUACGACACAUCACGAGAGAAAGGCAUCCACUCCCUGGAAGUUCACGUGUCAAGAGAGGACGAGUUCAGCAACAGGCUCAGCAGCCGGGCUGGUUUCCGUGGUUGCACCGCGCUACACUACGCCACGCUGGCAGAUGACCUGCUCAGUGUCCGCAUGCUGCUGGAGGCUGGUGCCAACCCCCUGCAGUCCAACUCUCUGGGACACACAUCACGGGCUUAUGCCAAAGAAGGAGAAGUGGGAACAGCAUUGCUGGAGUGGGAGGGAAAAUUUAAGGAGAUCAAGGCCCGACGGGAGGCAGAGGAGAGGAGGCGCUUCCCCCUGGAACGGAGGCUGAAGGAGCACAUCAUCGGCCAGGAGGGGGCCAUCAACACAGUGGCGUCAGCCAUCAGGAGGAAGGAGAAUGGUUGGUACUACGAAGAGCAUCCCCUGGUUUUCCUCUUCCUGGGAUCAUCAGGAGUCGGAAAGACGGAGCUGGCUAAACAGGUGGCCCGCUACUUACACAAGGACAUGAAGAAGGGUUUUAUCCGCAUGGACAUGUCUGAAUUCCAGGAAAAACACGAGGUAGCAAAGUUCAUUGGCUCUCCACCGGGCUAUGUAGGACAUGAAGAAGGAGGUCAGCUGACCAAGUUGUUAAAGGCUUGUCCCAAUGCAGUUGUGCUGUUUGACGAGGUGGACAAAGCCCACCCUGACGUCCUGACCGUCAUGCUGCAGCUCUUCGACGAGGGUCGUCUCACAGAUGGCAAGGGGAAGACCAUCGAGUGCAAAGACGCCAUCUUCAUUAUGACGUCCAACGUCGCCAGCGAGAAAAUCGCCCAUCAUGCGCUGCAGCUUCGGCAGGAAGCCGAGGAGAUCAGCCGCAAAAAACUGGCGGACAACCUUGAGGACGUCCAGAAGAGUGAAGACAUCACAAUCUCCCGUCAGUUUAAAGAUGCGGUGAUUCAGCCAAUCCUGAAGGCUCAUUUCCGAAGGGAUGAGUUUCUGGGUCGGAUCAAUGAAAUCGUAUACUUCCUGCCUUUCUGUCAUUCGGAGCUGCUGCAGCUGGUCAGCAAGGAGCUCAACUUCUGGGCCAAGAAGGCCAAACAGCGGCAUGACAUCACUCUUCAGUGGGAUCGUCCAGUGCUGGACCUGUUGGCAGCAGGAUACAAUAUGCACUACGGAGCACGUUCCAUCAAACAUGAGGUGGAGCGACGGGUCGUCAACCAGUUGGCUGCGGCAUACGAGCAGGAGCUGCUGCCCAAAGGCUGCACCCUGCGCUUGGCCGUGCAGGCAGAUGCAACAGAGCAACAGAAGAAUAAACUGGGUCUGCGUCUGGAGGUGGUGGGAGAGGACAGUUCUUCCAGAACCCUGGACAUCCAUCCACCAAUCAGCCCUGAACACUGAACAGGACAAAGGACUCAUCUCAUCAUCUUCAUCACUGUUUCACACGUCAGUAUGGCCACAGAUUUAUGAAGAAUGUCACUCCACAAAUCUAUUAACAUAUGACAUGUGCUUGAAGAAUAACGACAGAAUAUAUUUUAUCCAAUCACAUUCAGCCGUUACCUCACUCAUAGUCUAGCUAUAGGCUAAAUAUUUAGAUAUUAUUGCCGUAUAUUCCGGCCGUACCCGUUAAAUUUAAAAAGAAAAAGAAAUAAUUGUACAUACAUAGGCCGCACUUCUCUAUAGUGUCCACUUGGGGAUAUUUACAGAGAAAGAUUUUUUUUUUCAGUUUUUUCGAACCGUGCCUGUAACACGACUGGUUACAGGUUAGCUCUUUCCUGUUGCGUAUUCCCCACCAUAGUUGGAGUGCACAGGGGAGACCUAGUGAUCUGCUCCAGGACUGAAGCUAACGUUAGCUCCGGGGCUAACUCCCUUCACUUUGUGCUUGUCCGCAGGCUUCUCAACUUUCGCUACCGUUCUCUCUCACGCACGCGCCCCAGGUACAUAUACGUACUCAGCCAUUCACAGUUGGACAUACGCUACUAGUAUAACCCAUAGUUGUCUACCAGAGAAAUCCUUGAUUGCUAGCGGUAUGAUUUGUUAGCCCCUUUUUAAUCCAUAAAUUAGCCGCAGGGUUCAAAGCGUGUGGAAAAAGUAGCGGCUUAUAGACCGGAAAUUACGGUAUGUUGAAUAAAAAGUUGGGAACAUUAGAAACUACUUUGGGCAAAGAUGGAAUUGGAGUCCAAAAAAAAAAAAAAAAAAUUGGUCAUGAAAUAUUGAAUAGAAUAAUAUUACAUAGUUUAAUAUAUAAUAGAUGGACUGUGUCUACACUCAGAUGCACAUGUGACAUGCAGAGAAACCCCCUCACCGGUAGAGACUACACUGACGAAUGUCUGCAGACGAUAAGAGCUGUUUAAUUAUCACCAUUAAUAUCUCGGAGAAUGGAGAAUGUGCAGCAGUCAGUGUGAGUUGUGAGGAAAUAAAAGUGCUCUGUGAGUAUUUUCUGUUGAUGCAUGUUCAUGUGAAAUAAAAAUAAAUUGAAAAUCUGCUCCGGUGCUUCGUGCUUCGUCUGUAAUGGUUAAAA